GAAUGGUCGCAAAUUGUAUCUCGAUAUUAUAUUUUGAAUCCACAUUUAGUGAUGUUUUCUUACUCACUAACCUCAUGUAGCCUACUCAAUGGUAUUUGUGAAGCGUCGCUUUUGUUAAUGACAGUGGAUGGAUAAUGGCGUUACGCAGCACUCAAUGCGCAUCUUGCACAAGCCUAUGGUUAUGUGAAUGUAAAUAUGGACUUUUUACUAGAGACUUACAAGAGCCCUUCCAUUCGGAGAGAGAAUAUAUGGGAAUAUUUUUGCCUUUUUAUUGGUAGCCUAUGCAGUCAUUUGGUCCUCUCGCUUAUAGUGAGACCCAUACGCGUGACGGACAAUAAGUUAGGCUACACCAUCUGUGCACCACUUUGCAUUCAGGCUCUUGCACCUGUUCCCUUAUGCAUUUGCUUUUCUUAGUUUUUUGUUGUUCUUCAGGGCUGGAUACAAUUGCAAGACGUCAUAUGGACAACACAAACAGAGAACUAGACUAUAUGAGUUAUGCAAAUGAAUAGCCUAAUGUUCCUCUUGACUGCGUGUAUCAGUCUCCGUUAAUUUCACUUUUUAUUUUAAUGUUUAGCUCGAGAUAUGCAUAUGUGUAAUCCAUCCUGAUUGAUUUUGUGGCUUUAAGUGUGUUUUAAGUUGUUAAGUGGGCUGAGAGCGAGGGGCUUUGUAAAGGUAUGUGUGAUGCAUCAAGUCCAGACACGUUAAACGCCAGUGAUGUUGGCUUCUGUCCUCGGAAUGCCAGAUUCGAAGAAUCCUGUCAAAUUUUCAGCUGUUCUUAACUUGAUUCAAAAAAGUUGUGCUUGAGAAGAGGUUUGGAAGAGGAUUGUAUGUGCUAUAAUGUAUUAUACCGAAUAGUGUAGGCUGCUGAGUUGUCAUCAUCUUCACAUACUAAUUUACUUUUAAAAACUCUAAAUUCCUGUAAUUUCUAAAUGAAAAUAUGGGGCUAGAAAAUUAGAGUAGGAUACCUUGUAAAGCAUAAAGUAGACUAUAAGUAUUGCACUGAUCAUUACAAGGAACAGACAGAAGAUUUUGUGCUAGAUUUAAGUACACCGUUGCUAGAUGUAAUUAUGACCAAAUUAACUAUCUUUAUUGCUAUUAAUAAUGACUAUAAUGAAUGGGCACUAUUAGGUAUUUGGAAUGUUUAUGCCCAAAUUGAUUUUUUAGCAUGAAGUUUAUUUUACAAAGAGCACAGCAUGCAUUGGAGAGUGCACAACAUGGUGUCUUACCAAAACUGGGACACUAGGUAACACAUUUAAAAUAUUAUACAAAUAAAUGAAUGAAUUGGACUUGGCACAGGUCAGUCAUGCUUUCAGAAUGCUUAUGCACUGUGACUCUAAUUACAUGUUCAAUUAUAUACAUAUAUGAUAUACAAGAUUUUUUGCUGCUCUUAUUUAGAGUAAUAAUAAGACUUUCUGGGACACACACCUGCACCUUUAGAGAGAUGCUUUGGUUCACUUAUCUCUGCCAAAUCCAAUGAAUACCAUAUAUUUUAGUGGCUAUUUUUCUGAUUCAUUUGGCUUAUUUCUACUGAAUAAUUUCAAUUUAAAUACAAAAUUGCCUCUUAAUUAAUAAAUUAUGGCUCUUUGGAGCCAGGGGCAGUGUCACAGUGUUUCUCAAAGGUUCUUUGGAGACUGCAUCUCCAGCUGCCUCCAGGGUGACAGCUGACUCCUUGUAUAGGCUAUUUGACUGUUGGGACACUGGAAUAUUUGAAUGCAACUGGGGGAGGAUGUGGGUAGCUGAGGAGGGGGUUACUCAGUGGAGGGCUGCACGCAUGCCCUUUCACUGGUGCAAGUGGAAGCUUGUGCAUCAGUGGUGCCUAAUAAGCCCUUUUUGAGCUAAGAGGGCCUUCCAUAAUGUAUAAAAAUGGUAUGGUCCAAUAUGAACACCCCUACAUUGAAUGCUGACAUGGAAGUUCCUUUUUUGCAGGGAUUGCUGGGAAGAAGAAGUACAGUCGAGAUUGAGACUUUGGAAGGGGAAGUAUAGCUCUCUGAAGAGCUGGCAUUGCUUUGAAGAACACUUCUACUCACUAUGGCUGAUAUUGAGAUCUUGGAGGACCGGGACAAGUUAAAGAGAGGAUUAGUGAAGGUCCUGGAGUGUGUGGCCACCAUCUCGUCAGCGGCCGCUGUGGUGAACCCCAUCUUUGGCGUGGCAGGCUCGCUCCUCCGUGUCGUCCUACACCACGUGGACGAUGAGGAUAUCCAGACUCUGAAGCGCGAGUUCAGCAGCGUUAACCGUGGUCUAUACGAGAUCUCACAGAGGAACCAAGAUGCCCUGUUGCAGAUCAAGAAGGAAACACUGGACGGCCAAUACAGCCGCAUCGAGGAGAACCUCCGCAGCCAGUUCCGCAAGUUCAUGGAGGUCGUGGAGGCAAAACCUGAGCACCGGGAGCGCAAGAAGGCCGACUUCGAGGAAAGCUAUGCCAACGACCUGGGUGACCAGAACUUGCACUCACUCUACGAGGGGGUGAUGGGCAAGCCCAAGCUCUUCAGUAGGCCCAUCCUCGAGGUGUACAUGAGCCACUCAGGGGGCGAUCGGCAGGUGAUGGAACACCUGUGCACCCGUCUCACCUACCUGUUCUGCAUCGGCCUCAUUGCCCUGAUGGGCUAUGCUGCCACCAUUGGCGACGACGAGGAGGGCCUGAGUGAGGAGUGGGCAGAGAAGAUGGAGAAAGUGCAGGAGAGGAUGCAGGAGGUGCUGAGGAGCUGCAAGUGAUUCCACACUGACCCCCUUCUUUCCAGGACUCCCCCAUUUGCCCUAUAUAUGCACUGUUGCUCUCUAUGGUCUUGUUUCUCUUUUCUUUCAUUUUUCUGUUUAUGUGGGCUUUUGUCGACUCUGUCCUCUCUUUCUGUUUUCCCCUCUCCCUUAUAUUUCCUCUUAGUAGUCCUGUGUGAUUUUUGUGUUCUAAAUAGCCUGUAGUGAGAGCUGCAUCCCCGUGAUUGUGCACACACACUGUGAUAGUCCCACUAAAUCCACCUUUUGACAGCUUUACUGUCAAAUAUUUGACAUCCUCAAAUGAAGAAGACAAGGAUAUCUUAUCAAAUAUGAUAAAAUUGGAUUAAAGGUUUUUGAAAUCAGUUUGGUGGUAAUGAAAUGCCAUCAAACAUAUUGAUUAAUUUGGGCUUUUUGUUAGGUCUCCAGCCAAAAAUAGAUGUUCAAUAGAUGUUAGGUAAUGUUAAAUAUUAUGUUAAAUUUAAUUCCUACCAAAUUCACAGUUUACCUUGAAUGUCUUUUAGUAUAUUGCUGAGAAAUGUUUUGCACUGGUUGCAGUGAAUGUUACUGAGAGAAUCUAAACAUGCCAGUGGGUCAGCAUACAAAACACACACCAUUUUAGUCUCUUCCAAAUACACCACAGAGUUUCAAACCUCACUUAUGUGCACAAGAACAAAGCUAUGGGCUUGUCUCUGUCCUUGAUUCUUUCCUCGUGGCUCGCUUGUGUUUCAAGGUGUGUUUCAAUACAUCAUUCUCCCGCCCACCUGGCUGCCUUGGAUUGGUAUUUUGAAAUCCCGUAAUUCAGAAGUAGUCUGAUAGGAUUACACUAUAAGCAGUUCCAUUAUAUCUGCAACCUUUAUGCCAAAAACCAAACCCAGUCUAUCCUAUCUAAAGCUUGAUGUCUAAAUCUAUCCUGUCUAAAGCUGUCACCUUUCCUACACCAAGACACAGAUUGGCAUGCAUUCAUAUUACUCACAUUAGUUUAAAAUGCUGGAAAAGGGCACAAUAAAAUAAAUCUAAGAUGCUACUAAACCACUUCAAACUCUACACAAACCCCAUAUAUGAAUAAAUAUUGGCCACAUUUUACUUUGAAUGUUUUGCAAUUACGCCUUACUGUGCUAAAAAACGGCCUUGUAACAUCACCACUACAGAACUAGACACACGUUAUUUAUAUGAGCUCUGUUACAUGCAGGAGCCAUUGUCUUAGGUGCUGUGGUAUGGAGCCAGGUAAUUUAUUUAUAUAGUAUUAAGCCUCACCAACGUAUAUACUCUCAGAAACUAUGAGGGAAAAGCAUUGGUCUUUGCACUAAAUGAUCAUAGACGGUCUUCUAUAGGUCUUCGUAGGAAGAACAUGAAGACAUGCAACUUUCUAUGGAAAUGUUCAUGACAUCAUAAAAUGUUUAGUCAGAAUACUGCUUUGUUUUGGCAUCGGACUCUUCUGCAAUCACCUGAUGCAUCAUUCAGAGUAGUACACUGAAUGUUUUUUUUUUCUCCUUUUUAUGUUCCAUUUCCUCAAUAUUUGGUAUAAUAUGGACUCUGAUCUCCUUAUCUUAUCUUUUACCAAUGAUUGUGAAUGGUUUCUUGCCACAGAUUUACCCUAUGCCUGCUCACACUCCACAAUUGAAACAGACUCAAAUAAUUGUUUAGGUAUAUAGAUAUAUUUAGCUAAUAUAGUUUUUCAGUAUCAGCUUAGAACUCAUUGCUUCUAGUGUGGUCUUAUAGGGUGUUUAUUGCAGCCAUUUUGGUGCCUCCAAUAUACUUCAGCUAUCUUUUAAAUACAUUUUCAUUUUAUCCUUAUGAAUCCUUUACUUUCCCUCCCCUAUUUUUGGGCCAUAUAAAAAAACUAUUUACCCUACAAUACAGUAACUUAUCUAUACUUCAUCUAUUAUGAUCACAUGUUUAUAUGCACUUAAAUUCAGUUAAUAUACACUUUGAAAUCAGAUAAAGUAGUGUCCCAUGAGACAUUCUGAUGUUUGGAGUUCCAGGACAGAGUACAAGUAUACAAAACACUAUGCUGCACUAUCAAUAAAUGAUAUAUGUAAACUUGAAAA